AUGGAGGGGACACCUGUGAGCUUCCAUGUAGACACAGGUGCUCAACAUUCAGUGUUAAUAGAGACCCUAGGGAAAUUGUCAAACAAAAGGUCUUGGGUACAGGGAGCGACUGGCAUGAACCAAUAUUCAUGGACCACCCAAAGGAAAGUGGACUUAGGCACAGGCCAGGUGUCCCACUCCUUCCUAAUCAUGCCAGAUUGCCCCUACACACUCUUAGGUAGAGAUUUGCUUACCAAAAUUGGAGCCCACAUCCAUUUUUCACCUAAUGGGGUUCAUUUAAUAGAUAAAGGAGACCACCCCAUUCAGGUACUGACCUUGCAACUGGAAGACGAGUAUCAACUGCACCAAAAACUGGACCCACAGCCAAUGGAGAUUUCUGUUUGGCUGCAGGAAUUUCCUCUGGCCUGGGCUGAGACUAGAGGGAUGAGGCUGGCAGCCCACCGGCCACCCAUCUGGGUGGAGCUGAAACCACGAGCCUUUCUGGCUCAGGUGAAGCAGUAUCCCAUGUCCCAUGAAGCCAGAUCAGGGGUUACCCCACACAUCCGGAGGCUAAGAGACCAAGGCAUCCUAAUACCCUGCAGGUCUACAUGGAAUACACCUCUCUUCCCAGUAAAGAAGCCAAACUCUAAGGAUUACCGGCUAGUACAGGAUCUGAGAGAAGUAAAUAAGUGGGUCAUGGAUAUCCAUCCCACGGUGCCCAAUCCCUAUACCCUCCUGAGCUCCUUGCUGCCCUCCAGGAGCUGGUAUACUGUACUAGAUUUAAAGGACACCUUCUUUAGCCUUCCCUUAGAUAAGGAUAGCCAGCUGUUCUUUGCCUUUGAAUGGCAAGACCCAGAGAUCAGCUUCAAUGGACAACUGACCUGGACUCGCAUGCCUCAGGGAUUCAGAAAUGCACCCACUCUCUUCAAUGAGGCACUUCAUGAAGAUUUGGGUGAGUACAGGCUGGAACACCCCCAGCUCACCCUA